AUGGGACCAAAAAUCCUUGGUGCUUGGCUGUGGCUUAUGAUGUUAGAUGAACAAGAGGUCUGUCUUCAAGCACUGUUUGAGAACUGGGCAGAAAAGGGUGGGUUAUGGUCUGCGGCUGCAUCUAAGAACCAUGGCCUUUUUGGAGUAACGGAGUACAAAGGAUGA